AUGGGCAAGGCGGAGCUGGCGAUGACACCCCUACAGCAGUGGGGUGAGGAGGCGGAAGAUGGGGCGAUCUACAGCAUCACUCUUCAGCGGGUGAAGGCAGAAGCAGCGGCUAGCGGAUCGGCUCACCUGGAGGAUCUCAACCUGCCAGGCUGCCCCUUCGUGCAUUACCGCACCUGCAAGAAGCGUACGUUGCGGGCUGCGACACUCCCUGGCUUGGUGAGGUGGUUGGUUGCAUCUGGUGCGGAGGGUGACCAUGGCUACGUUCCGAGCUUCUUGGCCACCUAUCAGGCCUUCGCCACCCCUACGCAAGUGCUGGAUAUGCUGCUGCCCCUGGGGCCAGACAACUGCAGGGCAGUGCUACGUGUGUUGGAGCUCUGGCUACAGGAUCACCCUGAGGAUUUCUGGGAACCCCCCGAGCACCCCAAUCUACACAGAACCCUGCACUUCCUGCGCCAGUCUGCCCAGGACUCCCCAGCGUGUGCUGCGGCAAAGGGCCUCCUCCAAGCUCACAAAAAGGAGGAAGAGGAGUACGGAAGAGAGGCCACCGAGGCUGAUGAGGAAAGGACUCAAGAGGUCUUGUCUAACUGCCACACAGGUGCAGAGAUCCCCAGGGUGGGCCUGCCCCAGGUUACGACGGAGGCAGGAGCCCACAAGGAGUUACCAGCCCUGCUGUCCUUUUCUGUGGAGGAGGUGGCUGAGCAGCUGACCCUGAUGGAUUCCAACCUGUUCCAAGCGGUGCAACCUUUCCAUUGCCUGGGCUGCGUGUGGUCUCAGCGAGACAAGAAGGAGAAGCAGCGAGCGGCUCCCAGCGUCCGUGCCACGGUUGCCCAGUUCAAUGCAGUGACCAGCUGUGUCACCACAUCCGUGCUUGAAGAUCUGACCUUGCGUAUCCCCCAGCGCGCCCAGCUGAUGGAGAAGUGGAUUGAGAUUGCCCAGCGGUGCCGAGAUCUACGGAAUUUCUCCUCGUUGUAUGCCAUCCUCUCUGCGCUGAAGUCCAACUCCAUCUAUCGACUCAAGCGCACCUGGGCUGCAGUGAACAGGAACGCCAGGAGCUCCUUCCAAAAGCUCUCUCAGAUCUUCUCCGAAGACAACAAUCACUUGAACUGCCGAGAAAUCCUGCUGCAGGAAGGAGGCGUUUUGGGCUCGAGGGAGGGGUGCAGCAGCCCUCAGGUGCCAGCCGGGACCCCUCUGGAGCUGAACUCUCAGGCCAGGCGAAUGGCCCCCACCGUCCCAUAUCUUGGCACCUUUCUGACUGACUUGAUUAUGCUGGACACAGCACUACCAGAUUCUGUAGAGGGCAAUCUCAUUAACUUCGAGAAGAGGCGGAAGGAAGCAGAGACCCUUGCCGUGAUCCAACAGCUGCAGGAGUCGUGUCGGGGAUACAGCUUUUGCCUGAACCCGUCCUUCCACCUGGCCUUUCACGGGUAUCAGAAGCUUUCUGAGGAGCAGAGCUACCGGAUUUCCCGUGUGAUCGAGCCUCCGGCUGACUCCUGCCCCAACUCCCCAAAGCUGCGUCGCGGCCUCACCAAGCGCUUCGGCUCACUUCUCUUGGGCUCAGACGCCUCUGCCACAUCGCCUGGCCCUGACAGAUCGGGAAUCUCCCCAAAGGGAUCUUUCAGCAACCUUCAUUCGGGGGAUGGGCUCGGCGCCUCUUGCUCCCCAACUCAGGGAGCCCCCCUUUGCAAGGACGUGCCUGCAUCUCAAGGGAUUCUCUGCCCUCUGCUUCAGGCACCCCCACCCUCCCCCCUCUCUAAGCAACGUGGGACUGAGUCACGCAUCAUCCGUGUCAGCGUGGACAACGUCCACGGCAACCUCUAUCGUAGCAUUGUGAUAACAAGCCAGGACAAGGCUGCAGCGGUGGUGCAGCGGGCCUUGCAGAAGCACAACCUGGAGGAGGCCUCGCUGCACAACUACCAGCUCUUACAGCGUUUGGAGGGUGGCCAAGAACUGCUGAUCCCUAGCAGUGCCAAUGCCUUCUAUGCCAUGAACCCGGCUGGCCCUUGUGACUUCCUGUUGCGCCGCAAAGAAGAAGGUCCCCGUCCCUCAGCCAUGAGGGCCACGCAGCCUGGAAGCAGAACCACAUACCCCACAUCUCACAACCUGGACACCAUGGCGGCCACUGCUCCUGCAGGUCCUACGUCUUCUUCUCCUCUUCUCUCGACAACUCCAUGUCCAGCUCCCACCUCCUCGUCUCGGGGAGUUCAGGAGCCCGUCACUCUCCAUAGCUCCCCUCUUCCCCCCGUGCUUCUCCCUCAUUGCCCACCAUCCCGGGAGCCCUUCAGCCCGGCCUCUUCUAACAGAGCUGCGGCUUCUCCCUUAGAGAGGUCACAGACUCCUGCUUCUGUAAUGCAGUGGCUUCCCGGCCAGCUUCUAGAGGCUUUGUUUCGCCCAUUUUCCCCCAGUGACUGGGCUGUUCCUGUCCUAUCAGCCCCUCAAGAUGGAGAAAGCUUGAAUGGGCCAGAGCUUUUGCCCCAAAGCAACAAGGACUCAGGGCCAUAG